GUAUUUACUGCAGAAGGCAGGUGGUGGUGUUUCAUCUGUUUAAUCUUCAGGAGAGGAAAACAAAUAGGGCUCUUUUGUCUUGCGUGAUCCUUCCUGGACUGUGCAGUAGGCUCUUGCUUCCACUCCGGCCCCUACUCGCCACACUCCAGCCUCAGCACUGCAGCCAGAAACGUCUUUCCAACACCAGUCAGAGCGAAGCUUUUAGGCCAGCCUUCCUGAACUGGAGGGGGUGUGGCAUGCAUUAAAAUUAAACAUCAGUGACCUGAGAAGCUUAUAAAAUAGCUUGGGAGAAGCCAGUCACCUCAAAUUGGAUGAUUUUGCAUGUGGAAACUGCUUUCAUCUGGAUAAAAAAGGUCCACCUCCAGCCACCCAGCUCCAAGAUGGUACCAGCGCUGCUGCUGCUGCUUCCUGCCCUGGCUGGACUCUUCGGAGCAGCUGAGGGACAAGCUUUCCAUCUCGGGAAAUGCCCAAAUCCUCCAGUGCAGGAGAACUUUGACGUGAAUAAGUAUCUUGGAAGAUGGUAUGAAAUUGAGAAGAUCCCAGUGAGCUUUGAGAAGGGAAGUUGCAUCCAAGCCAACUACUCGCUAAUGGAAAACGGAAACAUCAAAGUGAUAAACAAGGAGCUGAGAGCUGAUGGAACUGUGAGUCAAAUUGAAGGUGAAGCCACCCAGGAGAACAUCACGGAGCCCGCCAAGUUGGGAGUUAAGUUUUUCUGGUUCAUGCCAUCAGCUCCAUACUGGGUCCUAGCCACCGACUAUGAGAACUAUGCCCUCGUGUACUCCUGUACCACAAUCAUCUGGCUUUUUCACAUGGAUCAUGUUUGGCUCUUGGGAAGAAACCCUUAUCUCCCUCCAGAAACAGUGACCUAUCUCAAAGACAUCCUGACCUCUAAUAACAUUGACAUUGAGAAAAUAACUGUCACAGAUCAAGUGAACUGCCCCGAGUUCAUAUAACCAUGCUCUAAAGGGAGGCUGCAUUCACUCCAUGUUCCUUCUUUUGCUUUGCUUUUCCCCUAUACCACCCCUCAUAAAGACAAACCAAACCACCACAGGAAACUAUUACAAAUACCAGAAGGGAAAUGUGACAGCAGAAGCUAGUGGAGAGGAAGUCAAGGCAAGUUGGCCCAAACACUUAGCCAUGCACCAUCCUGUUACCUUGCAAGCCUGAUAAUAAACUUGCUGCUGACCUGCUGUGCUCA